CCGACUUCCGGGUAGUGCCGCCGCCGCACGCCACCGGCGGCUUGCUUUUCCUCCCCCUCCCCCCGCUGCGCCCCUCGCCUCUCCCUCCUUGCCUUUAUUCCCGGCCCCACCUGCCAACAUGAACAGCUCGGACGAGGAGAAGCAGCUGCAGCUCAUCACCAGCCUGAAGGAGCAAGCCAUAGGCGAAUAUGAAGACCUCAGAGCAGAGAACCAGAAAACAAAAGAGAAGUGUGACAAAAUUAGGCAAGAACGAGAUGAAGCUGUUAAAAAACUGGAGGAAUUUCAGAAAAUUUCUCACAUGGUUAUAGAGGAAGUCAAUUUUAUGCAGAACCAUCUUGAAAUAGAGAAGACUUGUCGAGAAAGUGCUGAAGCUCUGGCAACAAAGCUAAAUAAAGAAAAUAAAACGUUGAAAAGAAUCAGCAUGCUCUACAUGGCCAAGCUGGGACCAGAUGUAAUCACUGAGGAGAUCAACAUUGAUGACGAAGAUGCCAGCACCGACCCAGAAGGCACUGCAGAAACGUGUGUCUCCGUGCAGUGUCAGAAGCAGAUCAAAGAACUUCGAGAUCAAAUUGUAUCGGUUCAGGAAGAGAAGAAGAUAUUAGCGAUUGAAUUGGAAAAUCUCAAGAGCAAACUUGUAGAAGUAAUGGAAGAAGUAAAUAAAGUUAAACAAGAAAAAGAUGUUUUAAAUUCAGAAGUUCUUGAACAGAGAAGAGUCUUAGAAAAAUGCAAUAGAGUGUCCAUGCUAGCAGUAGAAGAGUAUGAGGAGAUGCAAGUAAACUUGGAACUGGAGAAGGAUCUUCGAAAGAAAGCAGAGUCAUUUGCACAAGAGAUGUUCAUUGAACAGAACAAGCUAAAGAGGCAAAGCCACCUUCUGCUGCAGAGCUCUGCUCCUGACCAGCAGCUUUUGAAAGCUUUGGAAGAAAAUGCAAAACUCAUCCAGCAACUUGAAGAAGAGAGAAUUCAGCAUCAGAAAAAGGUGAAAGACUUAGAAGAGCAGCUAGAAAACGCAGCACUCCACAGAGAGAUACGCAGCCUCAAACAGCAGCUGGGGCUUCUGGAAGAGGAUAAAAGAGAACUGGAAUUGAAAUACCAGAAUUCGGAAGAGAGAGCCAGAGAUUUAAAGCAUUCUGUUGAUGAACUCCAGAAACGGGUGAACCAGUCUGAGAACUCUGUACCUCCGCCACCUCCUCCUCCACCGCCGCUUCCCCCUCCUCCUCCCAACCCUAUCCGAUCCCUCAUGUCCAUGAUCCGGAAGCGAUCCCAUCCCAGCGGCAGUGGUGCUAAGAAAGAAAAGGCAGCUCAACCAGAAACAACUGAAGAAGUCACGGAUCUGAAGAGGCAAGCAGUUGAAGAGAUGAUGGACAGAAUUAAAAAGGGAGUUCAUCUUAGACCAGUUAAUCAGACGGCUAGACCGAAGGCAAAGCCGGAAUCUUCAAAGAGCUCUGAGAGUGCCGUGAAUGAGCUAAAAGGAAUACUGGGGACACUUAACAAAUCCACUAGUUCAAGAAGCUUAAAAUCCCUUGACACAGAAAACAGUGAAACUGAGUUAGAAAGAAUUUUGCGUCGCAGAAAGGUGACAGCAGAAGCAGAUAGCAGUAGUCCAACCGGGAUAUUAGCCACCUCAGAGUCCAAAUCCAUGCCAGUGUUGGGUUCUGUAUCCAGUGUAACAAAAACAGCCUUGAACAAGAAAACUCUGGAGGCAGAAUUCAACAGCCCGUCCCCCCCAACACCUGAGCCAGGUGAAGGGUCGUGUAAAUUGGAAGGAUGCACAAGUUCCAAGGUUACAUUUCAGCCUCUCAGUAACGCUGGAUGCGAGAGCCAGUACUGUGGCAGUGAGCGGCAAGCUGGACCCGUUAUAGUGUUAGAUCCUGUUUCCACACACGAACCCCAAACCAAAGACCAGGUCACUGAGAAAGAUUCAACCCAACGCAAGGAUGACGGAGGCAAAACUAAACCAGAAGACAAAGACAGCACUGACAAGAUGAAAGACACAGACAGCUCCCACUGCUGACCCGUAACCCGGCAGGCUGACGUGUGUACAAGUUCUCUCCCACGCGUACACGAUCAAUUCCGGUGCCUUGGCAAGGGCCGUAAGACAUUCUGUUCUUGUCACCGUGGGCCGGAUACAGGUUCCUUUUCUGGUGUCACUUUUGUAAGUAAUUUACCUGUAAACAUAAGUAAGUUGUUCAGCAAAAUACACAUCCCACGUGGGUUUUAUUUUUCUUCCUAGGGAUAAGAUGUUUUCUCGAAUUACUGUACUAAGCGCAGCUUCUUUUUAGAAGGUUACAAAAAAUUCAGGUGUCUAUCUUUUUAGGUAACGUGCGUACCACUAAUCAAAUGUAACGCUGGAAGGGUGCAGCACGGUGGAUGAAUGGAUAGACAAAACUGACCGAUGUAAGGCAGUUUAAAAAGCCCCCAGAGAAGCUUCCGUUUUAGGUCUGACCUUCUUUUGAGAGAGAAACUGCGGUAGCUAUAGAACUUGUUAGGCACUGUGGUGUGCAGAUUACUUUCUAGGAUGUACUGAGCUAAGCUUCAAAUUCAGGAGCUGCAGGCAUCAGACCAGUACUCCCAUAGUCCCUGCUAAAUUGCACACAUUGUCAGCUACGGGAUGGGAAAUAUGCACUAUUGACUACGUCCAAAGCCUCCCAAGGACUCCAGUGGGAAUGCUCCGGUGGCCUGAAUGCAGAGGAGCAUCCCAACUUUGGAAUUCAUAGAGUAUUAUCUUAGUAAACCAUGUGCUCUGUGCUAGGAGUUAAUUGUGUUUCCUCAUGUACUAAGUGGCACCAGUACCAUGGUUUAUCACAAUUCUUCUGUACAGUGAAGAGAAGUGACAAGCACACAAUUUUCUUGCUUCACUGCUGUUCUGCAUUACACAGGUUUGUUGUGUUUGUUUUGUUUUGUUUGUUUUUUAUUUUAAAGAAAUUAAGUGGUAGCUAGUCUCUAAAAAUACAAUGUUUCAGUCUACCACAGUGAACAAAUAGAAAUGUAAUCAGGGAUUUUUAAAAAAGGAAAAAAAAAACUUAUACAGCUUUUCCAAGUUGAUUGUUUCAAAAUUGGUGUUUAUUUAAAAUAAGUGGUAAUGUACUUGAAUGCAUUUUUUAUGACAAUGAUUCAGUAAUGGUAAUUUUACUAUUAAAGAAAGUGAAAGGUUUAGUUUUGUUAGCGUGGCUCAGCAUGUAGCUGUCCGGUGUUUCUCACCUAAGGGCAAAAGAAAAUGAUAGUAAUAAUGGCGGUAGUUGUGUUUUAUUUUUGCACGUGUGCUAAGCAUAGGCUUGAAGAGGCGGGUAGGCAGGUAAAUCAAUGUACUUCCUAAAUUCGGAGAUAAUUCUCCUUCUGUAGGUUUGUUAUGCUUGACUGUGUCCAUGUUCUUCCAGUGAUGAUUUUACAGUUCCUGAUCAGUUUCCUCACGGGGAAUUAAAAUGUCAUGUUUUCCAACUGUAACUUCCCUCAUUGAAUAAUACUGCUAGAUGAUAUACUAACUGCGAACUGCAUUAACCCUUAAGCCAGUUCUGUUAUGCUGUGAUUUGAACUCUCCUCACCACACUUAUUAAAAAGCACUGACAGUUUCCCACUAA